AUGGUGUUCCUGGGUAUCUACCGCGCUCUCUACGACUAUGAGCCCCAGGGCAGCAAUGAAAUCGCCCUGACCGAGGGCGAUAUCUUGAUGGUCCUGGAGAAGUCGACGGAUGAUGACUGGUGGAAGGCCAAGAAGAAGGGACGCGAGGAGGAUGAAGAAGAGCCCGAGGGCCUGAUUCCCAACAACUACAUCGAAGAGGCCGCUCCCAUUGCACAAGCAAAGGCGCUGUUCGAUUAUGACCGCCAGACGGACGAAGAGCUCUCGUUCAAGGAAGACGCCCUCCUGGAUGUGUACGAUACCACGGAUCCCGACUGGACCUUGGUAGGCGUCGAGACCGACUAUGGCUUUGCGCCCGCAAACUACAUUGAGCUCAUUGAGGGCGGAGCCGCCGCAGCUGCACCAGCGUUGCCCUCGCCAGCCAUGCCGACUCGCCCGCCAAUGCCUGUAGCCAGGGACUCUUUCGACGACGACGACGACGACCAACCGCCCACCCCAGACAGCCCUCCCAAGCCGAGCCCUGCUGCUGCCCUGGCUGGCAUCAUCCAGAAGAAGUCACAGGAAGCGGCGCCGCGGUCAACUAUUUCUCCCCCACCCAACGUCAGUGCGCCCGCGCGGCGACGUGUACAGUUUACCCCGGAGGAAUCCGACGAGGAGGCUCCCGCGCCCCGUAUUCCCCAUCGACCCGCUUCUCCCCCCACUCAGUAUGCGCGUACGCGGUCACCGUCACCUCCCGUCAGAUCGCCUCCAGCUCGAAGCGUUACAUUCGAUCAAUAUGAUCCUCCCAAUAGCGAAGAUCAGCCCCAGACACCCAGAUCGGGCUCGGGAUACCAUCUUUACAAUAUUUACGAAUACAUCACACAGCCGGGCAAGAACAAGAAAAUGCCAAUGACCCUGGGCAUCAAUAUCCCCAAGGGAAUGAUUAUGAUUGCGCCAGAGAAGUCGCGCGAUGGGCCGCAGCAGGAAUGGAGUGCAGACAAAAUGGAGUACUACUCGCAAGAGGGCAAGCACAUCUUCAUGGAACUGAAGCAGCCGAGUAAAAGCGUAGACUUCCACUGCGGGGCCAAGGACACUGCAUCGGAAAUCAUGUUCGCUCUCGGUGAGCUUGCAGGAGCUGCCAAGGGCGCCGGACUGCGCGAGGUUCUCGCUGCUGGAUCGGGGAGUUCCAACGUGCAGAAGAAGGGUGUCAUGCUAUUUGAUUUCAUGGCUCAGGGCGACGACGAGGUCACGGUGGGUCUCGGUGAUGAGAUUCUGAUUCUCGACGAUUCGGCUAGCGAUGAGUGGUGGAAAGUCAGGCGGCUGAAAAACGGCAAGGAGGGUGUCGUACCAGCUAACUACGUCGAGAUCACAGAAACCGUCCCCAUACAUGCUCCUGCAGCUACCAUCGCCCGAUCGGGAACGAAUGCUGGUCGAUCCAUCGUGGAACAGAAUAGACGGGAAGAAGAAGAGCUUGCUCGUCAGGCCUCUCGAAAAAAGAGGCCAGAAAGUGAGGCAAGGAACGAUCAGAGAUCAAGCAAGCGCGAAAGCUCCUCCAAAGAUUCGGGCGCAAAGUCCUCGUCCAAGCCAAGUCAGUAUACCAAUAUCUCGCUGCUCGAAUUCCUCAAGUCUGAACCGAUUGCUGACUCGAGUGCGCCAGACUCCGCCAAAGUCCGCACGUGGACCGAUCGAUCCGGCUCCUUCAAAGUCGAAGCAGAGUUUAUUCUCAUCAAGGAUGGCAAGAUUCAUUUGCACAAGAUCAAUGGUGUCAAGAUUGCAGUACCCGUAACGAAAAUGUCGGUGGAAGACCUCGAAUACGUCGAGCGCGUCACGGGCGAAUCCUUGGAUGAUGAUAAACCGCUGUCCGACCUGAAGAGGAAGAGCAGCAUGGCGCCGCGUGCAAAGGACUCAAGAUCACCAACCGGAAUAUCGCUUGAGAAGAAGCCUGAGUACGACUGGUUCGACUUCUUCUUGAAGUGUGGUGUCAAUCCUCAGAUCUGUGAACGCUACGCACGAGCGUUUUCCAAGGAUGAAAUGACCGAGGAAAACAUUCCAGAUAUCAAUGCGAGUGUGCUGCGUACAUUGGGACUCAAAGAGGGUGAUAUCCUUCGGGUGAUGAAGCAUUUGGACACACAAUUUGGGCGGGACAAGCGAAGUGUCAAUUUUGCUGAAGAAGGCGGCGAAGGCGCUUCGGGUGGAUUGUUCUCUGGACCAGGAGGUGCGCUCCGGAACAACACUCGCAAGGGACGUCCUGCACCUCCUGUCGAGACGAACGACGUGGUAGACCCGAAGGCGUUUGAGAAGAAGACUGAGGAUGCCAGCAAGAAACCUGCAGAGGGCGCAUCUGACUCGGACAAGAAGGCCAACGGGUUCGAUGACAACGCUUGGGACGUCAAGCCAUCCAAGUCUGCUCCAACAUCUCCACCAACAACAACUGUCACCCCGCCUGCUGCGAAACCGCCUCAGUUGACUGGUUCCAUGAACGAUUUGUCUUUGUUGGACAUGCCAGCCCUGAAACCAGACGAGAUUGCUCAACCCCCACCGCCUGCACCGGCUCCACAACCAGCCCAAGCUCCUCAACAACCUCCUGCUCCUGCUCAGCAGCCACAGCCAACCGGUGCUACUCCAACUUUGUUUGAACAGGUCGCAGCAAUCAAGGCUUUGACUCAACCUCAGAACAUGGGUCCACCACGUAUGCGACCACAAGCUCCUCAGCAGCAGAAUCCUGGUGGACUUAUUGCACCACCACCGCAGAGGUCUUCUUCUGCCCCAAUGAACCCACAGCAAAGUGCCUUUGCCCCUCCACCGCUGCAACCUCAACUUACUGGCUACAACCCCAACAUGAUGGCUCAGAACGGCCAGCAGAACAUGCAAGGCAUGCCACCAAUGCAGCAGCAGAUGACAGGUUUCCCGCAACAGAAUGGGGGGUUCGGUUUCCAACAGAAUGGUAUGAUGCCACAGCCCACUGGCUACAACCCAAUGUCGCCACCACCGCAGCAGCCUAUGCAAACUGGAUAUGCUCAGUUUCAACAGCCGCAACCAACAGGCUUUCAGCAACCUAUGCAAACGGGGUUCCAACAGCCCCAGCACUUCACACAAGGCUUUGGCAAUGGCAGUCCGUUUGCCGACCCACCACGAGCACCCUUCCAGCCACUCCAAGCUCAACCCACGGGCUACAACUCAUUCCAGCCAUCACCUCUUAACCCUCAAGCGACCGGUGUCAACCGUUUCUUGCCCCCAGCUCUUGCACCUCAGCCAACAGGGUACAUGUCGAGCCAAAGCCCACCACCAAUACCGCCAAUGCCACCAAUGCCGAACAUGGCUGCACAACCACUGGUGCCUCAGAAGACCGGUCCACCUCCCAGCGUCAAAUUUGGUGUACAGCCAGCGAAGAAGUUGGUGGCUCAGCCAACAGGGAAGGCGAGCCUCGCCAAUGCUACACCUCAAAACCCCUUUGGUUUCUAA